UACAGGUGAGCUGGAGCACAUGGACAUUUUCCCAGCUAUAUCAGCUUCUACAAGUACUAUAAAUCCAGUAUCAGGUACUCUGGGGAACCAUAGUAGUAUAUCGAGUGCACAAUGCUGUGGAUCAUUAGUUGCCUUGCACUUGUGGCUUCCACAUUAGGAUGUGGAGUGCCAGCAAUUAAGCCUCAAGUUAGUGGCUACAACAAGAUUGUGAACGGUGAGAAUGCAGUGUCUGGAUCAUGGCCCUGGCAGGUGUCACUUCAGGAUUCAACAGGCUUCCAUUUCUGUGGAGGAUCUCUCAUCAACCAGUACUGGGUCGUCACUGCUGCCCACUGCCGUGUGACACCUUCAAGGCACGUUGUUGUCCUUGGUGAGCAUAAUCGUGCAUCUAAUGCUGAGCAGAUUCAGACCAAAUACAUUUCCAAGGCUAUCACCCACCCCUACUACAACGGUCAGAACUUCAACAAUGAUAUCACCUUGCUGAAGCUGUCCACUCCAGCUCAGCUGAACAGCCGUGUAUCUCCUGUGUGCUUGGCUACUUCUAGUACCAAUGUCCCUUCUGGUACACGCUGUGUAACCACCGGCUGGGGCAAAACCGGGUUCACAUCAAGCCCCAGUAUUCUGCAGCAAACUGCCCUACCUAUACUAAGCUUAGCACAAUGCCAGCAGUAUUGGGGCAACAGGAUCUUCGAUUCUAUGAUUUGUGCUGGAGCUUCUGGUGUCUCUUCUUGCCAGGGUGAUUCUGGUGGCCCUCUGGUCUGUCAGAGUGGUGGUGUCUGGCAUCAGGUUGGAAUUGUGUCUUGGGGAACUACCAAUUGCAAUGUCCGUGCCCCUGCAGUCUAUUCACGUGUCUCGUACCUGCGUAACUGGAUUGACCAGAUCGUUGCCUCUAACUAGAAUGCCAGCAGCAUCAUGUGAACCUGGAGGAUCUCAUUGGCUCAUACAUGGUCUUGUCAACAACCCAGUUUACUUUCCAACGGUAAACAAAUUCCUAAUAAAAGUUUAAGAGGCAAUCCA